GCAUGCUAAAUAUAUCAUCCUAUUGAUUGAUUGUAUGAGCACUAAAAAUAACCGCAGAACUAACUUGGCUAAUAGACAUGUUUUUCAAAUAAGUUUUCAGUAUUUAGUAUAUUCUAUACCAAAUAUAAAAUUGAUAAUGGAAUGUCACUACAAAAUAUUAGGGAUUGACUUAGAAGCUGAUGAUGACGUUAUAAAGAAAGCUUACAGAAAGGCAGCAUUGAAAUAUCACCCAGACAAAAAUCCUGAUUCACUUGAAGAAGCAACUGAACGUUUUCGACUUGUUCAAGCUGCUUAUGAUGUAUUAUCUGACCCCCAGGAGAGAGCUUGGUAUGAUCGCCAUAGAGAAGAAAUACUUCAUCGUAAAAAGUAUGAAAAUUAUAAAAACAACUCAAUCGAUUUAUUUGACUAUUUCACUCCGUCUGCCUAUAAAGGAUUUGGUGAUGAUGAUAAUGGCUUCUAUUCAGUAUAUCGUGACGUUUUCAUAAAAAUCAAUUCAGAAGAUGAACCUUUUCGAUCUGAUGGUUCAGAUAAUGAAGAUAAUAUGCCUGUGUUUGGAGACGGUAAUAGUAAUUAUGAUGAUGUUGUACAUAGCUUCUAUUCUUCAUGGCAAGCUUAUUCAACUUCCAUGUCUUUUGUGUGGGUUAAUCGGUAUGAUGUAAAAGAGGCUCCGAAUCGACGAGUUGCUCGAAUUAUUGAAAAAGAAAAUAAAAAGGAGCGUGAUAAGCACAAAAAAGUACGAAAUGAACUUGUUAGGGAAUUGGUGGCAUUUGUAAGAAAACGAGAUCCACGUGUGAAAGCUCACAAAGUAGAAUUAGAAAAAGUUGCGAUGGAACAAGCUCGCAAGGCUGAGGAGAGACGUGCCUCCGCUAUACAUGAAAGGGUGAAAGAAGCUGCACUUUAUGAUGAAUCAAAUAGAGAAGAAAUAAUGAAACAUCAUGAAAGAGUGGCGGAAUUAGAAGGAAUGAUGAAACACGAAUUUGGGUUUACAUCUUCAGAAGAAGAUUCUCAAGGAGAGGAAGAAGAAGAGUACAAAGAUGAGUUGUUUUGUGUCGCUUGUAAUAAACUCUUCAAAUCAGAAAUGGGAUUGCGUAAUCAUAAAAAAUCGAAAAAACAUCGUGAGAAUGUAAAUCGCCUCCAACAAGAAAUGAAAAAUGAAGUAAUGGAAGACGAGAUUGAUGAGGAAACAUUGAAUGAAGGGAAUGAAGAAAUUAACGACGAUUCUAAUGAUAAAAUUGAAUCCAACAAGCUUUCGAAGAAACAGAAAAAGCAGAGAAAACAACAAGAAAAACUAUUGAGCAACAUGAUGUCAUCCAACCCUUUUAAAGUUGAGGAUUUCGAAGAUAAAAUGUCAUCACCACAUAAACCAAUUUUGAAUGAUGAAACCGCUAAUGACUCUCCAGCUGCUGUUGAAGACACGAAAGAAAACUUUGAUGGUGUGGAUGAAAAGGACGGUAGUUUAAUAAAAGAUGAUGAUAAUUCCACAACAGAAUCGAAUACUGUAAAUACGCAAAACUCGGAUAAUGCUUCAAAGGAACCUAAUACGAAGAAGAAUAAAAAUAAAAGACAAAAACAGACUCAAUCUAACACUAAUAAAGAUACACCGAACUCUGAAUCACUGGGUUGUGGAAAAUGCAAUAGAGUGUUUCAUUCUCGUAAUAAACUAUUUCAGCAUUUAAAACAAACUGGUCAUUCUCUACCAUUAGAGGAUGGAAAAACUUCAAAACGUAGCAGAAAAAAGAAAUAACUAGGUGUUAGAUUUAAUGGGAGAACACAAAUAAGUGAUCAUUUUUAUGUAAUUCAUUGCUAUGCAACAAAGCAAUAAUUUGCUUUAAUUGGAUAUUUUUAGUUUUGUGACUUAUUUAUGUUGUCAUCACUCUUGGACUAUCCUGUUAGACUUGUACCCCAAAGAAUUGUGUCUGACACCAAUUUUAUUUUGAUCCUUUUUUCGUUUCAGGAAUCUAUCUGUGUUAAGGAGAAUGAUUUGUUAUUCUUACAUUUUACUCUAGUUGAGAAAAAUAAGACUCUUAUGGAUGUGUUUAUCACAUGUUGACUUGUGAAAAGUCUUCUUGCCUCCCUAGCUUGAACUUUAUGUUGGUAGUCAAUUUUACUCAAAUGAUAGACCAUUUGAUUCAUUUUUCGAAUGGCAAUGUUAGCAGUUGUAAAGUUAUAUUAAUGAGUCGUCUGACUCACAAAGCAGACAUCUUUCAUAUGCAGGAUUCUGUAGAUUAGGACACUAAUAGCAAUAAGAUAAUCUGAUUUUAAUGUUGAUAAGAAUUAAGGAAUGUGCUCGAAAAAGUAUUACCGCUGAAAAUGUAUUCAAAUAGGUUUUAAUAAUAACUGUUGCAUAACCCUAUUAAUAAGAACUGGUAUCCUGGUUAUUUUUGACUGCGAGGGAACAUAUGGACAUUGAUCUAUUUUCGUUAUGCAUGUUCCUUGCUUAAAAAUAUGUGUUCUUCAUGACAAAUGUGAAGUUGCUUUCUGUAUGAGUGACAUGUUAUGAUACUGUUCAUUGCUAUUUAACUUUGUUGGAGUACUACUAUCUUUCUCAG